AGAAAAAAACAAUAAAUAGAAAAACAACAACACAAAAAAAGCCUUUCUCCUUCCCUCCUCUUUCUCUCUCCUCUCUCUCUCUCUCUCUCUGCUCCGGUGUUGAUGCCGCCAAAAUCUCGACAAUGUCGCCGGCCGACGCCUCCAAUUGAACAUUUCAAUCGUAUAAAAAUUAAACAUAUGAUCGGGAAAUUCAAUUUCUCUAAUAAAUUAGUGAGAGAGAGGGGUAGUAUGUUUUGUGAUCUCCUUCUUUUUUGCUGAUUAUUCCGUUUCGGUUGAUCAAAAUUGAUCGAAUUUUGGGUGUUUGAUAUGAAAAUAGGAGGAAUUGGGUAUAUUUUGUAGCUAGGUAUUGAUUAUUAUAUCUGAUUAUAUUUUUGUAUAUAGAUAUUAAAGUUGUUUAGUAUACUUUUGUGACUAGGUAAAUCAUUGGUGGGUUGAUUUCUGGGGUAGCAUAUCAUAACUGGAGUGGUUGUUUAUCGUAUAUUUAUAAAUAUAUACAUACUAGUAUAUAAAUUUUGUUUCGGUCGGAGAAAGAAGAAGAGAAGGUUGGAUUUGAGUAUAUGAGGGUUUUGUUGAUGGAAUUUGGUUGGUGUUGUGGAUUGUGAAGGGAGGAGAAGUUAUUAAGUUGGUUAAAAUUUGUGCGUAGAUAUGAGGGGAAAUGUGCAUGUACCCUUGGAUCAAGGGUUUCAAAAUGAGUCGGCUAUAGGUGUUGAGAAUAGCAGAUUACAAGGGGGAAAUACUGUAAAUAGUAAUUAUGUGUCUGUACAGACAGGGGAGGAAUUCUCUUCUGAGUUUAUUCGUGACCGUCUUACUCCUAAGUUGUGUCCUCCUGGGUUACCUAUGGUUCAGAAUAAAGAGAUAAAAGGCGGAUUUAACAACGAGAAAGACCGUCAGAUGGGUUAUGAAGAUCUUACUAGAAUCCUUGGAAUCCGUAGAGUGGAUUCUGAAUGUAGUUCUGAGGUAUCCGAGUUUUCUUCAGCACAAGGUUGUCCUCCAGAAAAUGACCAUUGGACUCGUUUUGACAAAAGAUGUCACCUAGAUGAUAGCGCUAAUGGCCGGGGAGCAGUGGAAGCUAAUGGUGUACAGAACAUUGACCAGGGUAACCUUGGAGCAAGAUUACCACCCAUUACUAUUCCUCAUUCUCCUCAUUUGUACAACCCUCUUGAUUUAGGGUCUUCUGAUGGCUCUCAACCUGGCAAGUUGAGGAUUCUCUGCAGCUUUGGUGGUAAAAUUUUGCCCAGGCCAAUUGAUGGGAAACUUAGAUAUGCCGGGGGAGAGACACGCAUGAUUUCUAUCAGAAAGAAUAUCUCAUGGGAAGAACUUAUUUGUAAGACUUCUGGCAUAUGCAAUCAACCACACAGUAUUAAAUACCAGUUACCAGGUGAAGAUCUUGAUGCACUCAUAUCAGUGUCUUCCAAUGAGGAUCUCCAAAAUAUGAUGGAGGAAUAUCACGGGAUUCAAAAGUCUACUGGGUCUCAAAGACUUCGAAUUUUUCUGAUCCCUGUUAGUGAAACUGAAAAUCGCAGUCCAGGCACUUUUCAGCAGGCCAGUCCUAACUAUGAAUAUGUUGUUGCUGUUAAUGGGAUAUCAGAACCUAGCCCUCGAAGAGCCUCUGGGGACCAACUAAUCACCGAAUUAACUAAAUCAGGGCCUAUAUUUGACCGUAUUCCGAGCUUUCAUGGUGAUUCACCUUCGUCUCAUCGUGUGGAAAUCAAGGAUGGCUCUAGCUCUUCACAUGGAGGGCAUGUAGCUAAGGAUUUCUUUAACAAAACCAGGUCACCUGCUCAAUCUCCUUUGUGCGCUACUAAACCAGCUCAGCUCAGCAAUGCAAAGAGUGGUGGUGUGCAAUGGCACGAGGAUAGCUUAUGGAAACACAGUGGCGAAAGCAAUAGUUCCUUUGUUAAGUCCCAACUAACAUUUGAUAGUGUCUGUGGCAAGUCAAGUGUACCUGGGCAGGAAUCCCUCUCAGAAGCGCAACAAGGAAAUGGGGAUUUUAUCACUCCUCUGACUGAUGAUAACCAGAAUCAAAAUGGCAGUCAACCGUCUCAACAUUCGGGCAGGGUAGCUCAUCAUGAGAGGUACAUGUCACAGGUUGAUUCUCGAGCUUUCAUGAUGGAAUCAGUUGACUCAAUGGACUCUCUUCAUGGUAUGAUUCAUGCAUAUUCAGAUUCACAACUGCAGCAGUAUGGGGAGAAAUUAUCAUAUUGUUCACAGGAGGGAUUAAGCCCACCUUCUUCUUUGCACUUUGCUAAGCUAACAACUUCCCAAGCAUUUUCUGCCGCCCUGCGAGAAAAGGCCGCCCCAUUGCAAGAGAAUGUCCAUGUUGUCAAGCCUGAAAUAUCGAAGCAGCUGAUAGAUAUGGAGCCUACUGAGUGCCGCAAAAGAGAUGAACUUCCUAGUCCACUUUAUUCAGAUUCUUUGGGCUGCAAUCCAUAUCUCGAAGGCAGUAGUAAAACUGUAGAUGAUGAAUACCAAACGGGUGCUGAAGACCUAGAUAAACAGAAUCCGCUGAUGGAAAAUCCUUAUGAUUCUGAUUCUCUAGGUCUCCAAAUGAUGAACAGGGUUCUAAGCUCUGAUUCCCAGUUGCACCAGAGAAUAACUGAUCAAAAUGUGUUUCUUACUACUCCUGUAGAGAACAAGUUGGUGAAUGGUAACUGCUACCAUAUUAAUACUGAUGCACAAGUGCCACAAGUACACCAGCAGGUGCCAAUUACCACUUCUGAUGCAACAUCAUCAUCAGAGGGUAUUCCUAAAUGUAAGCUUGAGUAUCAACUGGAAAGAAACUCAUCUGUUAUUGUCGAGAUCCAUGAAGAUGGUGAGGCUCAUCAUCAUAAUUUCACUGGAGAAAUUACUGAUGAAGCUUUAGGUAGAUUUCCGAGCACUAUAUUGCAGUUUCAUGGCAAUAAUCGAGAGAUUGAUCUUCUUUCUGGUAUGACAGACGAUUCUUUUCUGUCUCUGAAGGCCGUUGCUUCCCCAUCUGUAGUUGAUAGUAUUGACUAUCAAUUCCACAAGCAUUCAACAAACACUGCUGCUUAUGGAGGGGAAAUUUUUUUUGGGUCUGACAACAGUUUUGAUCUUCCAAGUGAGAAGAUCGAGAAGCUGGAACACAGAGAUGGGAAUGGCGUUUUGACAGUGGCUAAUGAAAUUGGUCGAUCGGAACCCUUGAACAUGCACAAUCAAAACUACCACGAGCCCCUGCUUGUUAUUGAAGAUAUGUACAAUUUUAGGCCCGAAACAGUUGCUUUUCCCACUGCAGUUACUCCUCGUGUAGUGGAUAUUUUCUCUGAUGUUUGUUCUGAACAUCCAAGUGAGGCUGAUGGAGACGGCAUUGGCUCAGAAAUUGACGCCGAGGAUUCUAAAGCUGCUGGCUUACAUAAGGAUGACUCUGUCAUCGAUGCUGUGAUGGCUGAAAUAGAAGCUGGCAUCUAUGGAUUACAGAUCAUCAAGAAUGCGGAUCUUGAAGAGUUGAGAGAAUUAGGAUCUGGUACCUAUGGGACUGUUUAUCAUGGGAAAUGGCGAGGAUCAGAUGUUGCUAUCAAGAGAAUUAAAAAGAGUUGCUUUUCAGGAAGAUCAUCAGAGCAAGAGCGGUUGACCAGAGACUUUUGGAGAGAGGCACAGAUACUCUCAAAACUUCAUCAUCCAAAUGUAGUUGCAUUCUAUGGGGUAGUUCCAGAUGGAGCUGGAGGGACCUUGGCUACUGUGGCUGAGUUCAUGGUGAAUGGGUCACUCAGGAACGUCCUAGUCAAGAAGGACCGAUCACUUGAUCGUCGGAGAAAACUCAUUAUUGCCAUGGAUGCAGCUUUUGGGAUGGAAUAUCUGCACUCAAAAAAUAUUGUUCAUUUUGAUCUAAAAUGUGACAAUUUGCUUGUUAACAUGCGGGACCCACAAAGACCAAUUUGUAAGGUUGGAGAUUUUGGAUUAUCGAGGAUCAAGCGUAAUACAUUGGUUUCUGGUGGUGUUCGGGGAACACUUCCGUGGAUGGCACCAGAAUUGUUGAAUGGCAGUAGCACCAGAGUUUCUGAAAAGGUUGAUGUCUUCUCCUUUGGCAUUGCGAUGUGGGAGAUCUUGACCGGUGAGGAGCCCUAUGCGAACAUGCACUGUGGUGCAAUCAUAGGAGGUAUUUUAAAGAACACUCUCAGACCACCAGUUCCAGACCGCUGUGACCCUGAGUGGAGGAUUUUGAUGGAACAAUGUUGGUCAAUUGAGCCAGAGGCACGACCCUCGUUCACAGAGGUGACAAAUAGGCUCCGUUCCAUGUCUGCUGCUUUACCAUCAAAGGACUACAAAAGAACUCUCUCGGGUAAAGGAUAGAUCUGGUUAAUCAAAGCAAGGAAAACUCUUGUCUUUUCACUUUUUGUUGAUGCUGUAAUUUUCCUACCAAUUUUUCUUUUGUGCAUAGUUUUGUGAGUUCUGUCCAGUCAUAUUUUUUCAUUCUUUCGAUAUAAGAUCACAAUAUAUGGCCAGGCUUAUGCUGUACAAUGGUUGGUCUACCAUCAAAUUUUUGCUGAACAGAUAUUUGUAUAUACGAAAGUAUAAACCUUUUACGGAGUAA